UCAAAACUACAAGUGCAUUGUUAGGUGAUAAGGUGGUCUUGAGAUGUCCACUACGCGGAAAUGUGACCAUGAUAUCAUGGAUUCUGAACGAUAAAAGAAUAGUGGCUCUCAAAUGUGGAUCGAAUGAAGUGCUUUGGUCCAUGAAGAACCACACCAGAAGAACAAUAGCAAAUACAGCAUGUAACACGUUAGAUAAGGAAAUGAGAUUCCAAAUACAGCCUGUGAUUCUUGAUGAUGAUGGCGAUUAUAGCUGUGAAAUUACAGACGAAUAUGGUAUUCACAAAGUAACCUUCACCUUGUCAGUCAUGGUUCCUCCCACUGUAUCUUUAAUCAUUGACAAACUAAAUGACACAAUGAUGGCUACGUGCAUUGCUGCAAGUGGGAAACCAGCCUCCAAAAUUACUUGGCACCCACAUAAUAGAGGAAACUCCUCAGUAAAUAAGAGCAUUAACGGAAACAAAACCAUAACUGUACAAAGCAAGUAUAGUAUUACCACCCACCUCCUCAACAAGCAGAUAACCUGCAGUGUGAGCCACCCUGCAUUUAAUGGAAUACAAAACUACACCACUUCACAGAGCAACCCAAAUCCAAGUAAUGUGGGAGUAUCGUCGAUGUUUACAUUAUAUUCAUGCCUCGUUAGUGGUGUUGUUGUCGGCCUCCUGUGCUUCCUUAUCAUAGUGUAUUUUAAGCAUCUACAAAAGCAAACUUCUAUCAGGAGUAAGUCUGGGGCCAUACAGGAUGCACCUCAAUCAAAUGGACCUUUUGUACAGAUGGAAAACUUCAUUUAUGACACACUCCAGCCAGAAAAAUUGAGGCAGCCGUGAAAGUAUUAUGCUCACUUAUGUUGCACUAUUUUUGCAGCAGAACGUAAUGAAAAAUAUGCCAUUAAUGUGAAUACUGCUUCAUAACUCAGAGACAUAAAUGUUAAAAGGGCUUCAGAAACAAUCAGAAAUAUCCAAAAUUAGAAAACUCUCCAAGCUGUCUGAUUGUGUUUACCAAAGCAGCACAGCGGUUCACCAAUAUUUUGUGAUAAACAAUUUGGUUUUGGUUAAGAAUAUCGUCCAAAUACUCAGCUCUUAAGCUGGCCACAGCAUGUGAGCAAUUGAGAAUACAUACCAUCAAUAAUCUUUCAUCAUCUUCAUCAUUACUGUCUGACUGAGAGAAAGUCUAUCAGCCAUCAUAUAGUCAGCCAUCAUUCCUAUAUAUAGGCGAGAUCAUUUAACUAAACACUUUUUCUCAGUCCACCUUGGCCUAUGCGAUUUACCGGUUGCCAAAGAUUUUAAACUUCUCCUCCCAUUCCCAUACUGACUUUUCUGUCCUGGGCCUCCUCCACUGUCAAAGUGAGGCCACACACAAACUGGAGGAACAACACCUCAAAUUCCGCUUGGGCAGCUUAUAACCCAACGGCAUGAGUAUUGCUUUCUCUAACUUCAAAUAACCCUUGCAUCCCAUCACUUUCCGUCCCUCCACCACCCUAGUUGUCAUAUUAGUUUCACUAUCUUCACUGUUUUACUGUUUGUAGCACUCAUUAUCACCUUCCCCACAGCCAACAAUAGACCAUUGUGGGCUCCACAUAUUUUUGAUCAUCGUUGCUGACUUUGAGUCUGGUGGGGAAACUCCUUAAACAACAGAGGUCAUAGCGUUCUACAGUCAUACAGAAUGGAAACAGGCCCUUCGGCCCAACUUGCCUGUUCCGACCACUGCGGUCACAUGAAUGGCUAUAGCAUCAUGUACAAAACAGAUGUGCUAAUGCAUAAAACCAGCAACACUGAAUAUAUUGACCGACAUUAGAAUGUAUUAAGAGUUUGCACUGUUUACCUUUGUAUUUUUUAUGUAUAAAGCUUAUUUUCAAAAUAAAAUAACAUGGGAACAUCUGACCUUCUGGAGAGUCCUCCUGGAAACAAGUCCUUCCACCAAACUUGCCCACACCAACCAACAUGCCUCAUCUACACUAGUCCUAGCUGCCUUCGUUUGGCCCAUAUCCCUGUAAACCUGCCCGAUCUAUGUACCUGUCUAAAGGCUUCUUAAAUAUUGCACCUUAAACCCAAGAACUGGCUCUUGAUUCCCCUCUACUGGGCAAAAACACUAUGUGCAUUUACCCGAUCUAUUCCUCUCAUGAUUUUGCACACCUCUAUAAGAUCACCCUGCUUCCUCCUGCGUGCCAAGGAAUAAAGUCCUAGCCUAUUCGAACUAUAUGCAAGAGAUGGAAAGGGGAAUAUGCUUUGUAAUAACUCCCUUAACGUAAACCUCUGGCGAUUUUCAAUUCUCCUCACCCAUACCUACCAAGGAUGCCUUUCAUUCUGAGUUUGAAUUUAACAUUCACACUCUGCUUCACACCAUCACACAUCCUGGAUCGCUUCCAGCUUCACACCCUUUUCUCGCAAGUUGCAAACACCGUCAGGAAUUCUAGUCUGGGACCCAUAUCGCAUCAUCGUCUCUCUCACAUGAAAAAAACCUGCUGCAAAACCAAAGGUGGCGUGAAUAGUGCAGGAAGGAAGGGACGUGCACAAGUACUCCUGAGGACAUGCUGGAUGUUAUGUGGCUGCCAACGCUCGGAGAGUGGCAGAAAGUGCUGGAGUAACUCAGUGGCUCAGGCAGCAUCUCUGGAGAACAUGGAUGGGUGGUGUUUUGGUUUGGGAACCUCCUACUCAAUGUUUAGUGAAGUUACAACAGGCCGGGGGGGGUCCAUUAUUGCUGAUUGUCCACUAUAAACAAGCACGGUAUUAUAAUUGUAUGUAGUAGAAACAAUGAACUAUAGAUGUUAAUACACAAAAGGACACAAAGUGCUGGAAUAAAUCAGGGUACAGGCAACAUCUCUGGAGAACAUGGAUAGAUGGUGUUUCAUAUCGAGACCAUUCUUCUGACUGAUUCAGUCUGCUGAGGUACUCCAGCACUUGGUGUCGUCUCACCUUAAAAUAAGUGCCGUUGCCGCUGGCCGGCAUCAGCGAGCCCUUCAUCACUGGCUGCUGCACGGUUUGGUUGAUGCGGCUGUUGUUGCGGCUCACAUUGUAGCCCCUGGCCGGCAGUGCAUUUCUCGGCCGCCACCACCAACAGGACGCGCUCGGUUAGUGUGGGGCUCUCUCCUCUCAGCAGCUGCCACUUCCUCCUGUUGUCCGUCGCUCCCCUCUCCACCGCCGCUGCCUCCUCCUCCUCCCGCCACUCUGUCCACUCCACUACUCCUACUCCACUGCUGCCCCCUCCUUGUCCCCAGCAGUCGCCAACA